UCGUUGGUGUGGUAUCAUGUGUGGCUGUUUCUUUUCCUUGGAUCAAUUUUUUUAUUUAAUUUCGACAUGUGAAAGGCAGCAAUUUAACCAGUUCUGUGUAGGGAAACUUCUGAGAGUGCGGUGCACGAGACCGGAGUUUACUCUAUAGGGGUGGGUCCGAAGGGCCUUGCCUUGAAGAGGUUUCCUAACAAAAAAAAAUUAAAAAAAUUAAAAAAAUUCAAUUUUGGACGUAAGAUUUGGGAGUAAGGUAUUUUUUUAGGAGUAAUUAUAUAAUGAACCUCAGGCUUUGACUUUAAAUAUAAAUUAAAUGUUAACAUUUUAAUUACAUAAGUCUUUACAUCAUAGGCUCAUAGUUUUAACAUUAUUGUAAAUGGGUUCCAUAAUGAGUAUUUGUUAUUAAAAAUAACUGAGUUCCAUAAUGGUACUUAAGACUAUUUGGUAAUUAAAAAAUUCUUCAUGUAAAUGCCGAGCGGUAUUUUUUAGUGCAAGAAGUUACAAAAUGAUGACAUUUUUAUUGUAUUUACCUAUAUGGGUUUUUAAUCAAUUUUUGUUUCACCCUUUUUCUAAAUUUUGCUCCUAUGAAUCAAUAUUCUGACUCCACUGUUGUACCUUAUGGCAGGAUAGUGUAUUAAUCUACGUACAUGACUAAACUAAAUCACCCGUUUCAUGGAUUAGGUUAUAAUUCUCUCAAUUUCAAGUGAAAUAAAAAUGAUUUAUUUUACGAUCAAAAUUUUACUUUGUAGUAUUUAACGGUUUACAUGGUAUUGUGUCGUUUUAAAAUUUUAAAAUGAUGUGGUAACAUAUUUUUCACGUGCAACAUAUAUACUAUUAGACACUCCACAAAUCCUACAAGAGUUGAUAGGUAUUAUAAUGUGAGCUCAAUAAAAUAACGAAAGGUAUUUUUUGAGAAAGGAUAGCCUUAAAACUUUCCAUAUUGGAUUUGUGCAGAUUAAUUUGUCAUUCUAUUUCUAUGCAUGCAUUUUGGUCCCUGCAGUACAUCAGCAGGACUUAGCCUUUUCAGCUACGCGUAGUGCAAUUCCCUUCUCUAGUCGAAUAUUGCAUUCAUCGAAAGGACUUUAAAAUCUCAUUUAUAAUCAACGUUUUCCCUUCCCCCGUAAUAUAAUUCCUUGAGAACUCCAAAUGUUUGUUGUUCCUUCCAAUGGGUUUCCUGAGAAGCUCACCAUUGGUCAUAGUUUAAUUUUUUUUUUUAAUUUCUGAGUGCUACUGGCUGCUGCCAUAGCCAAGUUCUCCAAUGGAGGAUGCAAAUGUCUGUCUUACGCUUUCAGGUUUUUCUUCGUAAUAUAAUUCCUUGAGAACUCCAAGUGUUUGUUGCUCCUAGCUUCCAAUGGGUUUCCUGGGAAGCUCACCAUUGCUCAUAUUUUCACUUUUUCUGUGUGUUACUGCUGCCAUAGCCACUUGCUCCAAUGGAAAAUGCAAGCCACUAGAUCAAUGCUCAUCGGAUGGUUGUGCGACUGGGCUCUACUGUUUCUCUUGUCCUAAAAGAUUUGAGGGUUCAAGAUGUGUAAGAUCAACCAUUACAGACCAAUUCAAGCUUCUGCAGAAUAAUUCCUUACCUUUCAACAAAUAUGCAUAUUUGACAACCCACAAUUCUUUUUCCAUUACUGGAGAGCCAUCCCAUGCCGGGGUUCCUCGUCAUACCUUUUCAAAUCAAGACGACACUAUCACGCAACAGCUAAAUAAUGGAGUUCGAGCCUUAAUGUUGGACACAUACGACUUCAUGGGAGACAUCUGGUUGUGUCAUUCGUUUAAAGGCAAAUGUCAUGCAUUCACUGCAUUUAGACCUGCUGUAGACACUUUAAAGGAAGUAGAAAUGUUCCUACGGGCAAAUCCAUCAGAAAUUAUAACACUAAUAUUAGAAGACCAUGUAGAGUCCCCAAAUGGGUUAAUGAACGUUUUCAGUACUUCUGAAUUGACAAAGUAUUGGUUUCCAGUGUCAAAUAUGCCACAAGAUGGUCAAGAUUGGCCUCUAGUCAAAGAUAUGGUAGCCAAAAAUCAUAGGCUCAUCGUCUUCACCUCCAAGAAACACAAGCAAGAAAGUGAAGGGAUAGCUUACCAAUGGAACUACAUGGUCGAAAAUCAGCAUGGGUUUGGGGGAUUGCAUCAAGAUAGCUGCCUUAACCGUGGAGAGUCAGCAUCACUCAAUGACAAAACCAAGUCUUUGGUUCUGGUAAAUUACUUUCCGUCAAUUCCAAUCAAGGAAAUCACAUGCAAAGAUAAUUCUCUAGACCUCCUUAAUAAGCUUCAAACAUGUUAUAUUGCGGCUGGUAACCGAUGGGCUAACUUUGUCGCUGUUGACUUCUACAAGAGGAGUGAUGGAGGAGGAGCAUUUCUAGCCGUGGACAGAUUGAAUGGGAGGUUAUUGUGUGGGUGCAUGUGAUGAUGUGCAUGCCUGCAUGCCAGGAUCGUCAGCAAUGUGCACUCCAUAGGAAACCAACACAAAAUUUGGAACAGGCAGUUCCAAGUAAUAAUGCUUGAAAUCUAAAUUGCGGUGUUUCACAUUGUUCAAUCAUGAUAGCCUAUAUUCCCAUGUUAAAAAACAGAGAGACUCUUGCUCCAACAAGAUUACUUCGACGAUAUAUGAAAUUCAAUUAACAUCUUGCAACCAAUUGUUUCAAA